AUGUUGGGCGUUGUCCGCCGCCUCGGGCUCGGCGCCCUUGUCGCCGCAGCUCUCUCCUCCCUCGUGGCCGCCGCGCCUGCCAACGUCGCCGUCCGCUCACUCGAGGAACGGGCCAGCAGCGCAGACAGGCUUGUAUUCUGCCACUUUAUGAUUGGAAUAUGUGGCGAUCGCACCUCGAGCAGUGACUAUGACGACGAUAUGCAGCGCGCCAAGGCCGCGGGCAUCGAUGCCUUUGCGCUGAACAUUGGCGUCGAUGGGUACACGGACCAGCAGCUCGGCUAUGCGUACGACGCCGCCGACCGCGCCGGGAUGAAGGUCUUCAUCUCCUUCGACUUCAACUGGUGGAGUCCCGGCAACGCGGCGGGCGUUGGCCAGAAGAUUGCCCAGUAUGCGUCGCGGCCCGCACAGCUCUACGUCGACAACCGACCCUUUGCGUCGUCGUUUGCCGGCGACGGCCUCGACGUGAAUGCGCUGCGCAGCGCGGCCGGAAGCAACGUGUACUUUGUGCCCAACUUCCACCCCGGACAGUCCUCCCCCUCCACCAUCGACGGCGCCCUGAACUGGAUGGCCUGGGACAACGACGGAAACAACAAGGCUCCCAAGCCCGGCCACAACGUCACCGUGGCCGACGGCGACAACUCGUACCGCAGCUGGCUGGCCGGCAAGCCCUACCUGGCCCCCGUCUCGCCCUGGUUCUUCACUCACUUCGGCCCCGAGGUCUCGUACAGCAAAAACUGGGUCUUCCCGGGCGGAUCGCUCAUCUACGACCGCUGGCGCGAGGUGCUGGCCCAGGGCUUCCAGAUGGUCGAGCUCAUCACCUGGAAUGAUUACGGCGAGAGCCAUUAUCUCGGGCCUCUCAAAAGUCGACACUAUGAUGAUGGGAACUCAAAAUGGACCAACGACAUGCCGCACGACGGGUUCCUGGACCUGUCGAAGCCGUUUAUCGCGGCGUACAAGAACCGGGACACGGACGUGACAAAGUACAUCCAGGAUGAACAGCUCGUGUACUGGUACCGCAGACACCUGAAAGCGUUGGACUGCGACGCGACAGACACGACGUCGAACCGGCCCGCGAACAACGGCAGCGGCAACUACUUCAUGGGCCGGCCCGACGGGUGGCAGACGAUGGACGACACGGUGUACGUGGUGGCGCUGCUCAAGUCGGCGGGCACUGUGACGGUGACGUCGGGCGGCGUGACGCAGACGUUCCAGGGCAUUGCCGGGGCCAACCUGUUUGAGGUGCCGGCCAACCUUGGCCAGCAAAAGUUCGCGCUGUCCCGCAACGGGCAGACCGUCUUCAGCAGCACGUCGCUGAUGGACAUUGCCAACGUGUGCCCGUGCGGCAUCUACAACUUCAACCCGUACGUUGGAACGGUGCCCGCCGGCUUUGACGACCCGCUGGGGGCUGACGGCCUUGUUUCCCUGACGAUCGGACUGCACGUCACGACCUGUCAGGCCAAGCCCUCGCUGGGGACGAACCCGCCCAUCACGUCCGGCCCCGCCUCCUCGGUGCCCGUUUCCACCACUCGCUCCACCUCUCCGCCCGGAUCCACGACCCGCUUCUCGUCGACGCCGGUUUCGUCUCGCUCCAGCUCUUCUACGCCGCCGGUCAGCACGCCGCCGCCUGGCCAAGUCUGUGUGGCCGGCACGGUUGCUGACGGCCAGUCGGGCAACUAUAUUGGCCUCUGCAAUUUCAGCUGCAACUUCGGCUACUGCCCUCCCGGUCCUUGCAAGUGCACUGCCUAUGGCGCUCCGGUUAACCCACCGGCGACCAAUGGGCGCAACGGAUGUCCCUUGCCUGGAGAGGAUGAUAGCUAUCUGGGCCUCUGCAGCUUCAGCUGCAAUCACAACUAUUGUCCCCCAACGGCGUGCCAAUACUGCUAA